GAUAAAUUUACUAUUAUACCCCUUGCCCCUUGGCUUGGGACCUUGCAAGUUGCAAAGCCCCGGGGUUUAGUGUCACAUACAUUCACACAAGCAUCAUAUAGACAUUAGACACCCCAACCCCAACCCCAACCCCGAAGUAGUUGAAGAAGCUUGAAAAAGACCUGAAAAUGGUGUUUGGAACAGCAAUAAGGUUAUUGAUUGCCAAGAAACCAAAGCCAAAAAUGAAACCAGUCGAACUCAAAUCUCAACAACCAGAACAAAAUCAAACCAUUACCCGCGCCAUCUUUGACAUCCUCAAGGACCACGGUCCUCUCACUAUCGCUCAAACCUGGGAACGACUUCAGGAAGUUGGUUUGAAGGAACUAACAAGCAAGACGCACAUGAAAACAGUUAUGAGGUGGAUGCGAGAGAGACAAAAACUUAAAAUGAUUUGUAACCAUGUUGGGCCUCAUAAGCAAUUUCUGUAUACCACUUGGUUCACAAAGGCAAAUAUUAAGCCUGCAAAACCCGGAAGUUGUGCCUCAAAGGAGUAAGAUAUGUGCAUCGCCAUUAGUGUACCGCUCAAGAUUCAUUCAGGCUUUGGAAACCUUUUUGUGUCAAGCCAGGCUUGGCUUCUAAAUCAAGGCUUUGAUCAAGACGCUUUUUUCAUAUGUAUCUAGCAGUCGUAAAUACACGUUCAUGGAUGUUAUGAACUUCAUUUCUCCUGUAGCCUGUAGUCCUGUACCUAUACCCUUUAUUUUUUUUGACACAAGUAAAAUACAAAUAGCAAAAUCAAUGAACGGGAAGCUAA